UUACACGCAGAGCAGUGAUGCAAACAUGCCCGCUGGAAAAUAGAGCCAUUCUUGUGUGGCCGCCUUUGGACAAAAAGGCCCUUAUCUCUCUUCGCCCACUAUGCGGAGGCUAAACGAUACCGACGUCGUCCGUUUGGGUCGUAUGUAACGGGUAUUUUAUGGACGGUGGGACGAGGGAGAGGCUGUGAGGCUGGGGAGACGGGACAUCGGCUGAGCUGGGAGCGGAGCGUUAGCAAGCUAGCUCUGACAGUAACAGUUACAACGGAGCAGUUUUCCGUACAACAAACCAUUUGCUCGGUCAUCAUGGCUACGAAUGGUAACAACUUAUCGCCCGGGAUGGGAGAAAUCAUCCAGUUAAACGUCGGUGGGACACGGUUCAGCACCUCCAGACAGACUCUGAUGUGGAUCCCAGACUCUUUCUUCUCAAGUUUGCUGAGUGGAAGGAUAUCUACACUUCGGGAUGAAACUGGAGCUAUAUUUAUUGACAGAGACCCUACAGCUUUUGCACCAAUUUUGAAUUUCCUCCGAACCAAAGAAUUGGACCUGCGGGGCGUCAACAUCAGUGUGCUGCGACAUGAAGCAGAGUUUUAUGGGAUAACACCUUUAGUACGGCGGCUUCUGCUGUGUGAGGAACUGGACCGCUCAUCGUGUGGCAGCGUUCUCUUCCAUGGUUACCUGCCACCCCCAGCCAUCCCUGCCCGUAAGUCAAGCCCUGCCUCAGCAGCCUCUGGCCCCUCCUCUGAUGAGCGGCCGGGUGCAAGUGGAGCAGAGGGCUUCACCCGUGUUGGCCCCCCUCCUCACCCGUCCCUCUCUGCCUCACCUGGAACAGUUGACAACCACAAACUAGGUCCUGUCGUUGACCCCAGGAAGGUGCUGAUUAUAGCGGGACACCACAACUGGAUUGUAGCAGCAUAUGCACACUUUGUCAUCUGCUACAGGAUAAAGGAGUCUUCUGGAUGGCAGCAGGUGUUUUCCUCCCCCUACCUUGACUGGACCAUUGAACGCAUUGCCCUUAACGCCAAGGUGGUGGGUGGUCCACAUGGAGACAAAGACAAGAUGGUGGCCGCCGCCUCUGAAAGCAACAUCAUCCUGUGGAGCAUCCAGGACGGAGGCAGUGGAAAUGAGAUAGGUGUGUUCACUCUCGGUGUACCUGUAGAUGACCUCUUCUUCAUCGGGAACCAGCUGGUAGCAACAAGCCACACAGGGAAGGUUGGGGUGUGGAAUGCCGUCACACAGCACUGGCAGGUUCAAGAUGUGGUUCCUAUCACUAGUUGUGACACAGCAGGAUCCUUCCUACUACUGGGCUGCAACAAUGGGUCUAUCUACUACAUAGACAUGCAAAAGUUUCCACUGAGGAUGAAGGAUAAUGAUCUUCUGGUGACAGAGCUUUAUCAUGACCCUUCAAACGAUGCCAUCACUGCGCUGUCUGUGUACCUCACACCUAAAACCAGUGUUAGUGGGAACUGGAUAGAGAUAGCCUAUGGGACGAGCAGCGGUGCAGUGAGAGUGAUUGUGCAACACCCAGAGACAGUGGGAUCUGGCCCUCAGCUCUUUCAGACAUUUACUGUGCACAGGAGCCCGGUGACAAAGAUCAUGCUGUCUGAGAAACAUCUGGUAUCAGUGUGCGCAGAUAACAACCACGUUCGGACGUGGACGGUCACUCGCUUCAGAGGGAUGAUCUCCACCCAGCCAGGCUCCACCCCUCUGGCCUCUUUCAAAAUACUGUCCCUGGAGGAGACAGAAAGCCACGGGAGCUACGGCUCUGGGAACGAUAUUGGUCCCUUUGGAGAGAGAGAUGAUCAGCAGGUUUUCAUACAGAAGGUGAUCCCCAUCACCAACAAACUGUUUGUGAGGCUCUCAUCUACUGGAAAAAGGAUCUGUGAAGUGCAGUCAGUGGAUGGGACCACCAUCUCUUCCUUCAUGGUGCGGGAGUGUGAAGGUUCGAGCCGGAUGGGGUCACGGCCUCGGCGCUAUCUGUUCACUGGUCAUGGCAACGGCAGCAUCCAAAUGUGGGACCUGACCACUGCAAUGGACACUGCUAACAAAGGAGAGGAGAGGAAGAGAGAGGAUGUAGGUGGGCCGACAGAGGAGGAGCUGCUGCAGCUGUUGGACCAGUGCGACCUGAGCACCUCCCGCUGUGCUACACCAAAUAUUAGCCCCGCCCCCUCUGUGCUGCACCACACACGCCUCAGAGAGUCCUGCUCGAGUCUGCAGUUACAGGCCCAGGAGCCCAUCCCUGAGAGCCAGGCUACUUACGGAGCUGUGCGACCCUACAGAGAGAGCCCCCUGCUGGCCCGCGCUCGACGAACUGAGUCCUUCCACAGCUACAGAGACUUCCAGAACUUCAGCCUGAGUCGAGGUGUUCUAGACAGCACUGGUCCGACGUCCACACAGGGCUCCAGCCAGACCCUUGACGUGCGCCGUUCGCUCUGUGACUUUGGGCCUGAGGACAGCGAGAGGAGAGCCACGGCUAUGGAGUUCUGGGCUUGCCGAACAGCCGGUUCAAGCUCCAGCACAAAUAUCGGAGCUACGACGGCUGCUGGUCAGAAGACAGAAGGCGGUCAAGAAUCUCCACGACAACCUCCUGACAGCCCGAAUCCCGGUGGUGACGUUAGGCGAAAGGUGCACCCACAACCAGAGGAGGGAGAGGGUGUGGGAUCAGGGGCAGAGGCAGUGAAGGUGGAGGGAGGUGUGAGGAAGAGGGGAGUACUAGAAGGAGGCUUUCUGGGGAGGAAGAGGGCUCCCCCAGUCCCCCAUCUUGCCUCCGUCCCCUCUGGAUCUGAAGGUGGUGGCAGCGACUCAUCUGCCAAUGCCUCCCCGUCCCCAACCAAACUGUCUUCCUCCACCUCACCGCGACACAGGAAGCUGGCCCCUGAGCUGUCCAAUCAGGACAGCAGCCUGUGACAGAGCAGAGUCCACUACCCUUUUCUUUUGGUACCCAGUCAGAGGAACGGUCUUGUAGAGGAAUUAUGCAGGCACAUAUGGGAGAUGAGUUCUGGAUGUCACAGCAGAGGAGGAAUGUGGCUUUUCGAGGAAUAAAUGGAUAAAAGACCAUAUUCUUUUGGGACUCCACACAAGAUGCUACCAUGCUUUAUGAAUCUGUGUCUCAGGAUGAGUCUUCUUUAUUCAGUUUGCGCUUUACGCUGAAAUACUUUUAUUUAAUCUAUACACCUUCUAUUUUUCAGUUAAAGGGACAGUUCAC